AUGCCGCAAACUCUAACCGAAGUUGCUGCUGGGACGGGGAAGGAUGGUAAUGGGACCCCCGCGAUCGACAUUGUCGCGGUCCAUGGUCUGAAUCCGAAAGCGAAGUCCAACCACGCGUGGCGGACCUGGACGACGAAUUCUGAUCGGCUGUGGCUUCGGGAUGAUUUACCGGAAGCCUUCCCCGACGCUCGCGCUCUCAUAUACCAGUACGACUCCGUACCGGUUCUCAUGAGCACGAAGACCCGGCUGGUGCAGCAAGCUACCGAUCUGCUAUACUGCAUAGAUAUGGAGCGGGAUACUUGCCCUACCAGGCCGCUCAUUUUCGUGGCGCACAGCUUGGGUGGAAUACUGGCCUUGGUGAACGCCGCCAACAACCCCGAGUACACGGCCAUAAAGCAAUCAACGCGCGGUCUUGCUUUCUUUGGCACGCCCCACGCAGGCGGCAACGAGACGCUGGUCUCUUUUGGGAGCAAAUGCGCCGUCGUUGUCAACUUCGUCAAUCACUCGAGCGCUAACGACCUCGUGGGUGCCGUCAAGCGCGGCUCCCAAUAUGCUGACACGCUAGCUGAGAGCUGGAAGCAUCAGCUGACCGACUACCGCAUCGUCUCCUUUUAUGAAGGCAUCGGAAAUAUUGUUCCCCGGGACUCGGCCGUCCUUGGAAUGCCCGGUCUCGUCGAGACGGUGGCCCGCAUUGAUGCGGAUCACUCCAACAUCUGUCGCUUUGACACGAGCGUCCCGGAGGAUAUGAAUAAUUACAAGAAGGUCCAGCACGGACUCGGCAAAAUUUGCCAGGCCGCUCUAAGGCUGCCGCCGUUUACACCGGCUGCUCAGGCAUCUAAUACUCAGACAAAUAAUGUGGCACGGGAUGAUAUCAUGGUCGCUUCAAUGGACCUUCGGCAUCGUAGCACAAACGGCAGUGAAACCGAGGAGCAAAUCCCCAAACUGCUCAACGCCAUGUCUGUGCUUCGGCUCGUGGCAAGACACAGCACCGGCGAUGAUGCCAUGCCCAGACCAGACCAGCAGCUUUUUGACUAA